UGUACCGCGGAAUACACCUAACAAUUGCUUUCAUACGACGGUAUGCCGGUACCUAUCUCAAACAUUUUUUUGCUUGAUAUCUCAACUCAUCGCUUCAGAUCACAUCAACCACGACAACAACAACAACAAUGCACACAACUGUAGAUUAGGAACAGACAUUAGCUCUGAUUUCGGAAUUACUACGAUGCUGCGAGGUGAGUGUUUGAAGCGCCAGCUAGGCAGCCAGCCAGCAGCUGCAGCAUAAUAUCAGACGUCGCGUUGAAGAUGAAACGACGACAUGUUGAAAUGUUCGUUAUCAUUUUCCACAAUUCAGUUGAAGAGUUCUUCUGAUCGGGAUACGAUAGUUAAGCGGAUUUUUCAUAAAAUCGUUAAAUUCGAAAAAAAGCUUUAUUGUUUGGAAAAACGGAGAGAAUAAAUCGGAAAAUUUCAAGACGUAUAUAAAAGGAUAAUGAGAAGAAUGUUUUAAAAUAAUUUCGAAGUGAAAAAUAACAAUUGAAUGUAAAUGAAAUUAAAAUUAUAAAAAAAAAUCCAGACUGGAAAUAAGUGCAGUAGAUCCAAAUAAAAGAGUUAAAGUCAAUAAGAAGAAAGUUAAAGUUGUAAUAGCCUACCAUUGACUUUGGAUUAUUGACUGACAUUUACGAUAAAAAAAUAAAUAAAUAAAUAAAUAAAUAAAAUAAGAAACAACACCUGAAGGAUUAAGAGAGUAUACGAACUUGGCUGCCAAGAUACCAACAUGAAUAGCAAUCUGGAAAAAUUGACUCAAAAACAGAUAAAUCUUCUGCAGGCAGAGGAGGGUACUUCGACUAAACAGUCUAUCCUUUAUGCCAAGGAUAAUGUCUCCAUUUCGGAUGUGACCAGCAGUGAGUCCGGCACCAUACGCGACAAAUGGGGUAAUGAAAUUGAGUUUUUAUUCUCCUGUAUUGCCUUGUCCGUGGGUUUGGGUAAUGUUUGGCGUUUUCCCUUCAUUGCCCUGGCCAAUGGAGGUGGGGCAUUUGUUAUACCCUAUGUUAUUGUUUUGCUGCUCAUCGGUAGACCGGUCUAUUAUAUGGAGGUGAUAUUGGGCCAGUUUUCCAGUCGGGGAUGUGUUAAGGCAUUUGGUAUGGUGCCGUUGAUGAAGGGCAUUGCCUAUGGCCAGGUGUAUUCCACCGCCGUGGCCACCACCUAUUAUGCCAGCAUCAUGGCCCUGACCAUCAAGUAUUUGAUUUCCUCCUUUGCCGACAUUUUGCCUUGGACCUAUUGCCGUCCGGAAUGGGGAGCCCAGUGUAUUGCCACCUCGGAGGCUGUACCACAAACGACGAAUGAAACCCUCAGCAAACAUGUCUCCUCAGCUGAGUUGUUUUUCACCAAAUCCGUUCUACGUGAAGCCGACUCCCUCGAAGAGGGUCUGGGCUGGCCCAGUUGGGAUUUGGUAUUUUGUCUAAUGGCUGCUUGGACUCUAAUUGCCAUCAUAUUAAUCAAAGGUAUACGCAGUUCGGGUAAGGCAUCCUAUUUCCUGGCUCUCUUUCCCUAUGUGGUUAUGUUUGUGCUGCUGUGGCGGGCGCUUACAUUGCCAGGAGCCUUGGAUGGAAUUGUGUACUUUUUGAAACCACAAUGGGAUCAGCUUUUAAAUCCACAAGUCUGGUACAAUGCCAUAACCCAAAUGUUCUUCUCCUUGGCCAUAUGUUUUGGUACUCUGGUCAUGUAUGCCUCCUUUAAUAAUUUUCGCAAAAAUGUUUACAGGGAUGUCAUUAUCAUCACCAGCGUGGAUUCCGUUACCUCCAUUCUGGCUGGCUGUAUUAUAUUCGGCAUACUGGGCAAUCUGGCCUAUGAAACGAACACCUCGGAUAUUUCCAAAGUCGUAAAGGGAGGAGCCGGCCUGGCCUUCAUUUCCUAUCCCGAGGCCAUAGCCAAAUUCAAACAUUUACCCCAGGUCUUUGCGGUGCUGUUCUUUUUGAUGCUGCUGGUGUUGGGCAUGGGCAGCAACGUUGGUAUGGCUUCGUGUGUGAUAACGGUAAUAAAGGAUCGCUUCACAUUUCUGUCACACUGGAUGUUGGCCAUAGCCAUGGCAGUGGUGGGUUUUGUGUGUGGCCUUGUCUACAUGACCCCCGGAGGACAAUUCAUUUUGAAUUUGGUGGAUUUCUUUGGCUGUUCGUUUAUUGCCCUCUUCUUGGCCAUUGCCGAACUGAUGACGAUUGCCUGGAUUUAUGGUGUCAAACGUUUGUGCCAGGACAUUGAAUUUAUGUUGGGCGUAAAAACUGGCCUCUACUGGCGCAUUUGUUGGGCUCUCAUCACUCCCGGCUUGAUGUUUGCCGUCUUGGUUUACACUCUGAUUACCCUGGAACCAUUGACCUACAAUGGUGUUGGCUAUCCGGUUAGUGUUUACAAUGUGGCCUGGAUUUUAUGGGCCAUUGGUGUAGCUCAAUUGCCACUGUGGGCCAUUCAUGCCAUUUACAAACAAAGAGGCAGCAGUUUUAUGGAGAAAUUCCAAAAUUCAUUGAAACCCUGUCGCAACUGGGGCCCAGCGGAUCCAAAACUCUAUCAAGAGUAUUUGGUUUUUAGGAAUAAUUUACCUGAAGCUGAUGCACUGCCGAGAGAGCAUCCCCCUUCAUUGUGGUCUAGAUUUUGUAAUAAUAUCUUCCACUGAGUUAAGAUUUGGGACUCUUUUUAGUUUUUAGGUAUUUCCUGGUAUUCAUGGAUGGGAAUGGAGUACCCCAUACCCCAUAUUGCCGUCUACAUACCAUAUCCUAGAUAGCUGAUAUUUUGUAGUGUUCUUUAGAUAAAUAAUAACACAUAGUUUUAGUUCAACCAUAGACUUAAUAAUGUAUAGAGCAUGAAUUGAUCCCUUCUAUUUGCCCUGUUGCAGAACCUGUAAGAAUCUACUAGUUUUGCAAUGUAUUUAUUUUCGAUAUCAUAAACGAAAAAUUGGUUAUCCUAGUAAAAAGUUUAAGAUUCUUGCAGUUCUGGAACAUAGCAAUUAUAAUCGAAAGAAAAAACCAUCCACAGAUGUCGCUCAUGCCGUUCGAAGGGCUUUAUGUGUCCAAAAUGUUAAACAUACUAAUUUUUAUAAAUUAAAAGGAAUGCUUGAGCACAUAUAAACAGUACAACACAUGACGUCAUCGACAAAUUUAUAAACCAAAAAAUGGAUUUCUGAAAUAACAUUUUUUCGAAGUUGAGUUGGCUGGUUGCCGCAAAACUGUUGCAGCGCCCUCUGUUGCAAAAUAACAGAAAAAAGCACUUCCCUCUGUCAAUACAUUAUUUAGUCUAUGGUUUAACAUCCCUAAACAAACAUUAUGGUGUCCUUGCAACAAGGAUUCUAAAUAGAAUAAUGACAAAAAUUAUUCAAAUGUCAAUGAUGUGCUUAUAUAUAUUAGAAAAAAAAAAAUAGGUUAAGAAGUAAAUGUUAUUAGGUAU